AUGACGAGACUUCUUCUGUUAUCGACAAUGGGCCUUUUGGCCCUGUCUCUCCCCCAUCCUGAGAAUCCAGGAUACCAGGCUGAGACUCCCACGACUCAGGUGCACAAGCUCGGCAUCGACAACGGUGGCCACCCGUAUACCCCUCCUUACAUCACCCCCACGGAACACAAACCGCACCACCAGGAGACUCAUCAAACUGAAGGCAAGACAAAGCACAAGAAGCCAAAGCACGAACACAAGAAAUCAAAGUCGGACCAUAAGCAUGGCCAUAAGCAUGAUCACAAGCCUGACCACAAGCCUGACCACAAGCUUGAUCACAAGCCUGAUCACAAGAAAGAGUACUCGCCUGAUGAGAAAGAUGAGUACUCAAUGGAGCACCAGUCGGAGCAUAAGUCGCCUUCCUACAAGUCAGAACAUCCUCAUGAAUAUGAUUAUGGACAACAGGACGAGCAAGACUACAAUAGCUCUAGUGGUCAUGGGCAUCCUUACCAUCAUGGCCCCUACACCAAGGCCCCAGGAUACAGCUCAUCUUCCCCCACUAAGACAACCAAACAAUAUGCCCCUUCUUCUCCAACUAGCAUCCCUCACUACAAGAAUCCCCACAAUCACCAUCUAGAGCAUCCUGAGGACGGCUAUGACCAAGAGUACCCACCGCACAAGACUCCUCACAAACCGGCUCACACACCGGAGCACAAGCAACCUUACCAGCCAUAUCCCCCGGCACACACGCUGGCACACAAGCCAUGCUGUCAGGUUACAUCAACUGUCGUCCAUUGGGCACACCCGACACCGGACCAUCACCACAAGGAGUCUUGUUCGUGGGGACACGACAAAUCUUCCUAUGGAAAGUCAGAAAAGGGAGAGGAGUGCGAGAGCUCCAAAAAGGAAAAGGGCAGCAAGUCUUACGGCAAUGAAGAGAGCGGAGAAGAAUGUUCCAAAAAGGAUAAGGGGAGCAAGAAGAAGGGUAGCAAGAAGGGUAGCAAGAAGGAGAAGGGAGGCAGGAAGGGCAAGAAGAAGGAGAAGGCCGAGAAGAGCAGUAAGAAGAGUGGAAAGGAAGAAACGAGUGAAAAGUGCGAGCAACCCAAGUCCUUGUGCGAUACUGGCAAGCAUGAGCAGAAGCACUCCUACUCUCACGAGGCACCCCCCCACUGCCCAGGAGGAUGUGAAGUUCUCACUGUCACAAGGACCAUCGAGGGUGAAGCUUGUGAGACUGGCCAAUCCAAGGGCCACAAGGAUUCGGAGUCGAAGGACAGCUACUACUGA